UAAAACACUGUUUCUAUGCAGGAAUUAUGGUAAGCUGUUUGUGAAACAUUAACAGAUAUCGAUGAGCCUGAACCCAUCAGGACCACUUUGUUUGACUCGUUCAAACAGAACCUUUCCUCAUCAGGUCCAGAGAUCAGACCCAGACAGGUAUAGAAACCAGACUCUUCUGCCCUGAUAAUCCAGGUCUCUGAAUCCUCAAGUCAACAUGGUCUCUUGUCUGUUCCUGGUGGUGUUGGGGGUCUGCGGGCUGGUUGGGGCCCAGCAGGAGGGGCUGGAGGCCCGGGUGGAGAAACUGGAACAGAAAAUUGACGAGCUGGUUAAAUCUCGAGUGGGGUUCUCUGCUGCUCUCGUGCAAAGUCCUGAGUGGACCAGUGUGGGCCCGUUUGAACAAGAUCACAUUCUGAAGUUCGAGAAGGUGGUGACUAACAUCGGGAAUGGAUACAACCCACAGACAGGCGUCUUCACGGCUCCAGUGAAAGGCCUGUACUACGUCCGCCUCACCGGGGCAGUGGGCAGCACAGGGAAUGUGAACGCCGCGCUGCUGAAGAAUGACGAGAACAUGUUCGCUAUUUACCAUAAAGCAGGAAACCAGGCCAGUGCCUCCAACGGCAUGGUCCUGGCUCUGGAGCAGGGGGACCGACUCUAUGCCAAGCUCUGGGCCAGUCAGACCAUAGCAGAUCAGAGUCGCCUCAGCACCUUCUCAGCCUUCCUGGUCUUCCCCAUGUAGGCUGGGACUCCUUCAGGACCCGGGAAAUAAAUUGGUUUGUGUUUGGAGAAGAAUCAGUGAAAUAUGAUUAAUAAUAAUAAUAAUAAAUUGAAUAAGAAAAGUC